GCCAUCGAAAUUCAUGAUGUUACACCAUUGAUCUCGAGUGCUGGCAGUGGCCAGCAGAGUGCGAAAGGCAUGAACAAACACAUUCAUAAAGGGUUUUGACACAAUAACCAAGCGUGAAUUUCUUUGUUUCCGAAUAUUUGAGUUUGUGCACUGAUGAGACAUAAUUUCUGACGAUCUUCUUCUAUGCCGAUUUAUCGGGGAACGACUCAUCCUGUAGGCAGCCUUGCAAGUGAUCUCGAUGGAGGGAUCGCUUUGGUUGACGCUAAUUGCCACUUGCAUUCUACUAAAGCCUUCACAUUCCAUUUUGACAACUACACCGAAACCUACCACAACUACAACCACAACCACUAUGCCUUCAACAGUAACAAAUCAAUGCUCUGCACAAGUAGACUUGAUCUUUGCGCUGGAUUCUUCUACCAGUGUUGGAAAUGACAAUUACGACAAAAUGAAAGACUUUGUCAAGAAGUUUCUGCAUUCUGCAAAUAUUGACGGCGGAGAAGUACGUGUGGGUCUUGUGUCCUACAGUAGUUUGGUCACCGUGGAAUUCCAGUUAAACUCCUACACAACCAAAGCUGACGUAUUCGCCGCUGUAGAUAACAUACCUUGGAGAUACGGAAGUACCAACACCGCUGAUGGUUUGCAAACAAUUCAUGAAGACAUGUUCACUGAAGGCAAUGGCGACAGACCAGGUGUUCCAAACAUCUGUAUCAUUAUGACGGACGGUGUUUCCAAUAUUAACUACAGAAGAACAAUCCCCGAGGCAAAAGAGGCAAGACAAAAAGGCAUUCAUAUAUAUGUCAUAGGUAUCGGUCUGAAGGACUUGAAAGAAGUCAAUGAAAUAGUCAGUGAGCCUGCAAGUUUGAACGUCUUUGCUGUGAAUACCACUGAUGAAUUAGAAGGUCUUGAAGAAAAAGUCCUUGUAACCUCGUGCCCAGUUGAUGACGUGCUCCGUCCGAGGAGAAACAGACCAGUACCUACAACUACUACUACUAUUGAUGAUCAAGUGGAACCCGAACGUCCAAGACCAAAACCUACCACAAAGCCCCCUAUUGACAGAACUUCGGAGGUCCCGGACGGCAUGCUCACGGCACUAAUCGCUGCAGGGUCUGUUUUCCUGGUUGUUGGUGUCAUCUGUAUUGCUCUGUAUUUACUGUACAAAACUCGACAGCAAAAGCCUUAAAUGAAAGAAACCUUUAGACAGCGACAUGCAUCGUAAGCUCUGAGCUUGAAGUUAACCAAGUGCAAAUUUUACCUAACGUUACCUAUUUCCAAUUUUGUACCACAUUUCAAGUACCGGUAGUUAAAGUAACAUUGGGAUACAGUUCAGUAAGUGCGAAUUGCCAGGAUAUCUGUUCCCUGUUUAUCGAAAGCGGCAUUCUCGUCUGUAAUUACGAAAGCAAAGUCUAGCGUUUGUGACAUAAAGUACUUAGUUGCUGUUAAUGCUUGUGUAUCAUUUCAAUACAUAGUGAUUGUGUGUUAGUGUUUGUCGACCAGAAGAAGACUUUAGAAGCAAUACAAUGUUCUCAUAUACAAUGCAAACAUCAAAGUAGGUGAAAUGAUGAAGAAAAUAUUUCCCGAUAUUCAUCAAAGGCCUAUAUUACAGAUACAAUCCAUCGUCAUAUGUAUAAAUGCUUUGUAUCGAUUGGAUCAUAGACGGAGUACAAACUAUCUCUAGAUAACAACAUAUGUAAAAAUAUGAGAGAUAUGUGACUAAUUACCUCUUUUAAUACCACUAGCAUAUAUGUAAGUUUUAUUUACCUUCUGUAUUAUGUCUGCUACUUCCAAUAAAAUUGAAAAGUUGAAAUGAU